GGUUGUGUUCAUCUAAGAGAGAAACUUCAGAAAAUGUCAAAUUUGGAAUUGCUGAAUGCUGGAUUUGCAGCAAUAUUCGGUGAAAAUGGCCUCCCUUCGAGUAACAUACACGAACUGUUCGAAGCAACCUACAUCAUGAAACCUUUGCCUUCUCUGGGAGCAACUGGAGGUCGGUCGAGUUUGAGAAGCCGCAUGAUAGAUGUGUUUGUAUACGGCCUACAAGGCGAAAUAUUCACUGUUAAAGUGCUGAACACGUGCACAGUCAGCGAGUUAAAGACUGUUAUUGAAGAAGAAACAGGAAUAUACGCGAAAGUGAUGGGUCUGAUUUACUGUGGCAAGAGACUCGAUGAUAGAGAUGAAACUCCUUUAAGCCGCCUUGGAAUUUGUCAUGGCAGUAGCGUCUUCCUAGUGCUGGGUUUACGAGGUGGUGGCUUGCCGCAUCAUAGUGUUGAUCCUGACGGGCUUGAUCCCCAAUACGAUUAUGAUUUUAGUAAUGUCAAAGAUGACGGUAAGAUAUACAUGAGAGGAGGGCAUCAAUAUCAUCGACCUUACGGUUGGAACAGAAUAGCAGUCAAAGUUGUUAGCAAGUUCGGUUACAACGAAUGGCUCGGCCCAAAUGGCAUACGCACCGAAGAAGCUCCAAACGAAUGGGCGGUUUCUUAUCACGGCACAGCGAUUGAGAACGCUGACAAGAUCAUCAAAGAAGGCUUCAAACCUGGUCCUAGACAACUGUAUGGCAAAGGCGUUUACAGCAGCCCCAGUAUUGAAAUGGUUGAAAACCAUUACGCACAACCAUUUGACCACAAGGGUAAGCGUUACUUAAUUGCUUUUCAGAAUCGUGUCAAUCCUCAUCGUGUCAAAAUCAUUCCUGCUAAAGAAACAGGUGCUGGAGCUGAUUACUGGCUCACACAGAAAGACGAUACGCGGCCCUACGGUGUGCUUUUUAAGGAAAUCGUAAAAGGAGAAUGUAACAUUUCUUGAAAUAUUCUAGUGCUCACAAGACCUAUUUUAAAUCGUCACUCUCAGGCAAGUUUGGUGGUAGCUUGAAUGCUUUAUAGAUAAGUUUUCCUUCAUUUUCAACUUUGCUGAUUGGGAAAUUAUUUAUACAUUCCAAAAAGAAGAUUGAUAAUUUUUAGAUAUAGUAUAAAAUAAAGUAAAACUAGAAGCCGCAGAGGCCUUCACUGCUUAUGGUUAUCCAAACAUCGCUUAAAUCCACUGCUGAAUAACAGCAGCCAAAAAGCGACGAUAUCUCUCCAAAAUCGUUUCUUCUUUUGGAAAUAGAAACAGCUUUUCGCCAUAUAUUUCCUUCUAGCCACUUACUUCAUAGUACACUACAGCUUGAUAACCUGCUUGCACAGAUGCGCUAGAAGUACCUUUUUGCAAGGUAGAUAUUUGAACUUAUUUUCAUUCAAAAUCAUGUGGGAAGAGCCUCACCAUUGCUGAUUUAACAGGCUUCUCGUGGUUGAUGUAAUUGUUUUUAUCCAACUUUAGCAUCACAGACAUAUUACUGUAAUGUUCUUGAAUACAUCCCAAGAGGUUUCGUUGUUUACCAAGUCGGCAUGUUUAGUCAAGCUGAUACUGGUUUGUAAACAAAAUAUGAUGUAA